UGGAAUUAUGAAUAUGGUGCAGUGACUUGGCUAUAGCAACUACACUUGAGCAGCAUGGCAGACAUCUCGGCUGAUGAAAUAUUUGGUGAAAUCUUCAAUAUCAAAGGAAAACCUAUAAUACAUAAGGAUGGGCUAGGGGCACCAUUCCCUGUACAUAACAUAGAUGAAUUCAUCUACCCACAAUAUAUGAGAUCAAACGUCCAUGAGGAAAUGAAAACAUUUGAUGUCAGGGAUGACGAUAUUUGGUUCUUCUCAUUUCCAAGAUCAGGUCAGCACUGGACCUGGAAUAUUGUAUACAGGCUAACCCAUGAUCUAAAAGAGGCCCCUAAGGGUAUGGAGGAGUUUUGUAUGCCAGAGUUGAUUACACAUGAUAUCAUAAGUUCUGUGCCUUCUCCCAGAAUCAUCAGAACACACCAGUUGCCGAGUUCUCUCCCACAGACAGUAUGGGACAAAACUUGCAAGACAAUCAACAUUGUGCGUCACCCAAAAGAUGUAGCAUAUAGUUUCUUUAAACAUCAAUCAACGGCACUCACAUAUGGUUAUAAUGGCACAUGGGAAGGCUACCUGCCUAUGUGGUUGAGAGGAGAAGUGGCAUGGAAUGAUUGGUUCAAACAUGUACAAGAGUACAGGAAACAAGGCGAAAAUUGCAACAUGUUAUUCCUUACUUAUGAAGAAGUCAAAAGGGAUACACUUGGUUCCAUAAGGAAGAUAGCAGAGUAUUUAGGUGUAAGUUGGAGUGAAGAGGAUUACAACAAAAUAGUUGGUGAAACACAUAUUGAUGUCAUGAAAUCACGAAAUGAAGGACAUGAUAGAUAUGCAAGGGAUGGACGAGGGGAAGAUGUCAUGUUCAGAAAAGGGGAAGUUGGUGAAUGGAAACAACACUUCACUGUGGCACAAAAUGAGUUAUUCAAUAAAGUAUACAAAGAACGAAUG